GAGAAGGAGGGAGAUGGGUAUAACUUUGGGAAACCCAGGAAGAGGCAGCAGUGCACAGUUGUUUACUUUAAGCUUCUUUUUUUUUUUUUGCGAAUUUUUUAAAAGUCUUCAACAAGAAGAUAAGAAAACAUUUUUGUGCUUGAUGUCCUGACUAAAUAGUUAUUUUCCUUUUUUUCUUAUCUGGAGUUAUUACUUGUUUGACAAAUCACCAGUAAAAAAAAAAAAAAAAAAAAAAAAAAAAAAUCUAAAAAUUUCUCCAAACGUAGCUGUGAUUCAGGCUCGUAUCGGAGCUUUAAACUGGACUGGAACCCCACGUGUAGCCACAUUCCAACACCUGUUGCAAAGGAUUUUCCUGGAGCGGUGUCAUGGACUCCUGUUGCUCUGUUGCCUGAGGGAAUCUGCGUAUCUGUUAUCUACUGACCGGCCUUCAGCAAGUCUUAAAGUCGAAGUGUACCUGUCUGUUAAGGGUAGAAGCGGAAGAUGUCAUCCUAUUACCCUCGCACCAAAGACCUGACCCGCACCAGGAAGUCAGUGACAGAUUCACCGCCGUCUUCUCCAACCUAUACAGAGAAAAACUACAGACAUGAAAGACUGUCGAGAUAUGAUUCCACUGGAGAAAGUGCCACAGACAAACCUAUGGGCCGGACCAGUUCUUACACGAGGAGAGAGACGAGGCUGGCGGCUCUGAAUAAACAGGAGCAAGACUCCACUGCCAAAGACUAUAAGAAGAUGUACACAGAAGCUUUGCAAGAAAAUGAAAGGCUCAAGUCCAGACUUCAGGACAGUAAACAAGAGCUGGUGAAGAUUCGCUCCCAACUGGAGAAAGUUGCUCAAAGGCAGGACAGAAUGUCAGAGCGAUCCACCGUUCUUGAAACUGAGAAAAGGGAAAAACAAGCACUGGACAAAAGAGUCACAGACAUGGAGGAGGAAAUAAAGCAGACACCCCCACUGCGCUUCCGCUGUGGGUACCAGCCCUGAGAAGGGGCUUUCUCAGGGAGGGGGUAUGGUCCUAACCGAACUCAAGUCAGACAACCAGAGGCUGAAGGAUGAGAACGGCGCUCUCAUUCGAGUAAUCAGCAAACUGUCAAAGUGAACAGAUGUCUGAAGCUUUUGUUCUCGUGCUCCAACCUUGAUUCAGCAGUUUAAUUAUUCACAAGGUUCCAUGUUUUACCUCCCCUAUGAGUUAUUGGUAGGCCAUCUUUGAAGCUCUUAUAGACAUAGAUCUUGAGCAGUCAUUUCAGUUUUCUCACCUUAUAAUUAUUUUUCGUAUAUUAUAUAUUAGUUAUAGUAUAUAGUACUUUUCACAUUCACAAACAAGGGAACAGGUGUACCAUUUUGGACUGCAGUGUCUCUGAAAACAUAGAAAUACCUUUGAAGUUUUCCCACACUGUGUGAUAUCACGUUGAUGCUUCACUUUUGUUUACACUCUUUGCAACACGUGGUUUCAUUAAUGCUUAAAUAGUCUAUAAGAUUUGAUCAUUUUACUGGAACAUACCAAUGGACUUGAGAAUACAUUCUUUCUAUUUUCUCCCUGAUUGUGUUUCAAAAAUAAGAGUGAUGCCUGAAAGAUAAAACUUUGUGGUUCUGGUUGAUAUUUUUUGAUGCAUCAUCCAGAUGAAGGACAGUUCAGUGGCCUACAAAUGUUUAAUUUACAUUUAAAUCUUCGUCACAAAAAAAAAACAUCUUAUGAGUCACAAAAAUAUUUUGUUUUCACCAGAAUACACCCCUGAAUCAGAUAUGCUUAUUACAAUCCAUAUAACAUAUUGCAAAAACUAAAGACUAAGGAGGUAUUUCUGUAAAUAAAGAAGAAAGACUGAUUUAAGUGUAUUUAUUAAUAUAUAUAUUUUUUAUUUGUGCUCUGUGCUCAUAUUUUAUGCUUUGGAGGAGCACAGUUUUGCUUGGAUUGGGCUGCAGAAGAGGGGGUUGAUGUGAACGCUGUCCUUGUUUGAAAUAAAAAAAACAGAAUUUUAAAAUCAUGACAUUCUAAAACCAAAAAACACUCAUUGCCCAAUAAAAUGUUUCUGAAUUGCCAAAGCAACUGUUUGUUUAUUUUU